CCAGCAAACAGGGGUCCCCUCCUCGUUUAAAAAAAAAAUAUGACAGCUCACCUAAACCUUUCCCUUCAAGAAGCUGCCACCUAUCCAGGGGUCUACAGAAGUGAAUUUUGAAUGGUAGAUAUUAUUGAUGAUAAGAUUUUUUAAUAAUAAAAAUAUUAUUUGGGUAUGAAAAAUAGGACAAAAUUGACCUUUCUUUAUGUUACUGGUUAAAUGGAUAAUAGGGAUAAUCAAGUAAUUACAUGUGGUGAGGUUACCUAAGCUAAUUCUGUACUUACCAGCUAGCCCAAAAGCUAAGAAAAAUCUCCAUCCUCCAUUCAUGGCUCCCUUUUCUUUUCCCUAUUUUUAGAAAAUUCAACCAGUUUUGGUAAAUCAAUCUUACAACGUCCUUUCAGUCCACCAGAUGUCCCUUUGAUUUUCGUCUUAUUUUCUGAUUCCUCUUCUUUUUCUCUCGUUUCUUCCUUCAAAAUCCAUCCCUCAUCUCUCUCACAAUUUUCUCUUUACCUUCUUCUCUUCCUUCCAGUUUCCUUUUUAUUUUAUUUUUCAUGCAGACAGAAUCCCCUUACUUUCCUUUGUUUCUCUCUUUAAAAAAUUCUGAUUUUGCCCUAAAAAAAAUUGAUUUUUCUCUUUAAAUAUUUUAAUUUUCCUCCUCCAAAUUCUGAUUUGCCUUUCUAAAAUUUCAGAUCUUCCCAACCCAAAUUAAAUUCCGAUUUCCCCCGGUAAAAUUCUGGAUUUUCUCAUCCAAGAUAGUCAAUUUUUUAUUUUUUUUCAAAAGACAUUAUGGGUGUAUUUUGAAAAAUUGAAAAGGUAAUCAUGCAUGGCCAUGUGAGGAGAGAAGAAAAAGUAAAGUAGAUAAGUUGGCAGACAGCAUUGAUGGGAGAAUAAAAGUUCAAAAAUCAAUAAAAUAAUAUUAGAAUAAAAUAAAGAAAAGAAAUAGUGAGUAAAAAGAAUGUAACAUUCGUAAUCUAAGACAUAUAUAUAUAUAUAUAUAUAUAUGUGGGGAAAUUUAAUUUAUAAAGGAAAAUUGGGUUUUAAUUCACUAAUUUAAGUGAAUAAAAAAAAAGAACUCUAAAUUAUAAAUUAAUUUUAUUUUCAUCAAUUUAAAAAUAUUUUACAAUAUAUAUACUUUUUUAUAACUCAAAUAAUUAUUUCUUGAAAUAAUAUUUUUACUUGUUAUGUUAAUAACACCAAUUAAUAAAUAAAAACUAUAAAAUAUAAAAUAUAAAAAUAAAAUAUUAAUUUUCAUUAGUUAAACACAUGUUGGUAGAAAAUAUAGAUAUCCAAAAAGAGUUGGAAAUACAACAAGAAUCAAUAUUUAUUUUUAAAAUUUUAAGUUUUUUUUAAUUGUAUUUACUUUUUAUAUAUUUUAGCUUUAAUUGUAUUUUUUAUUUGAUGGUUGAUUUUAACUAACAAAUUUUUUUAUUCAAUUUUAUUGAAAAAUAAGAAGAUGGGCUUUAUAUAAUAUAGAAUAUAAAAUCAUUAUUAUUUAAAGGAUAAAAAAAAAUUUUAUUUAUCACGAUUUGAAUAAUUUUUUCACAAUGAUUUGCAUCUUAUAAUAAAAAAUUUAUAAUAUAUUUAUUUGUACUAUACUUUUAUCAAAUUAAAUUGAUCAAUUAAUUUUGGAUUAUUUAUUUAAUAUUAUCAAGUAAAAUGGUAUUUAGAAAAUAAUUAUUUGAGUUAUAAAAAAGUAUAUGUAUUUUAAAAUAUUUUUUAAAUUGAUGAAGAUAAAAUUGAUUUAUAAAAAUUAAAGUUUUUUUUUUUUAAAUUAGUGAAUAAAACCCCCAUUUUUUUUUUAACUUUAUAAUGUAGCCAUGGGAUUUUAUAACAUAAGCAAAUUUUACGUGAAAGAGGAAAAAAAUCAACUUUUCAAUUUCCAAUAAUUAUUAUUAUUAUUAGAAAUAUUUGAUUAAAAAAGAUGAAAUAAUCCCCAAAAUCGGAAAUCUAACCCUUCCUAUGCUUUUUCUAAAAAAGUAAUCCAUUUUUUUUUACAUAAAUACCAUUUUCUAUUUCAAGUAUCCAAUUUGGCUGAUUCUUAAUUAGUUGGCAUCAUUACUAUUCUGUAAUUAGUUAGAAUAGUAUUAGGAGUUGAAGGUCAGUUGGAAUACAGGCUUAUGGAAACAAAUCUAUCCCAUUAGUUGGUUCUUAUUAUUUUUAUUAUUUUCAAUAUAGGAGAUGGGCAGCCGCGCCCUUUUGUCUGGGGGCCAUCCUCCCAACUUAUUAAAGGUGAUAUGAGAUUAAGAUUUUAACACUUCUCCUACCAUCGUCAUGACCUGGCUCUCCACAAGCACACCCAGUGCUGACACGUGACUAACAAACCUUCGCUCAUCUACCAAACCCAUGGCCUCAUGCCUUAUAUAUUUCCACAAACCUAGCUCAAUUUUCAUAGCCACCUUCACUAUCCUAUACUCACUAAGCCAUGGCCAUAGAUACAAGCCUCUUGCUUGAGUUUGCUGCAGCAACUCUACUCUUCUUCAUCACCCGCUUCUUCAUUCGUUCUCUCCUUCCCAAACCUUCCCGGAAGCUCCCCCCUGGCCCCAGAGGGUGGCCGCUCCUCGGCGCUCUUCCUCUUCUAGGUAACAUGCCUCAUGUUGCAUUAGCAAAGAUGGCCAAAAGAUACGGGCCUGUCAUGUUCUUGAAAAUGGGCACUAACAGCAUGGUGGUGGCCUCAACUCCCGAGGCGGCUCGGGCUUUCCUUAAAACGCUAGACAUUAAUUUCUCUAACCGCCCGCCUAAUGCCGGUGCCACACUCUUGGCCUAUCAUGCCCAAGACAUGGUUUUUGCGGAUUAUGGGGCAAGGUGGAAGCUACUGAGAAAGCUAAGCAACUUACACAUGCUUGGUGGGAAGGCUCUUGAGGACUGGUCUCAGGUCCGAGCUGUUGAGCUAGGCCACAUGCUUCGAGCCAUGCUUGAGUUGUGCCAGCGAGCGGAGCCGGUGGUGGUGCCGGAGAUGUUAACUUUUUCCAUGGCCAACAUGAUAGGUCAAGUGAUUCUAAGCCGCCGGGUGUUUGAAACAAAAGGGUCGGAGUCAAAUGAGUUCAAGGACAUGGUGGUGGAGCUCAUGACCAGUGCUGGGUACUUCAAUAUUGGCGAUUUUAUUCCGUCCAUCGCAUGGCUGGACAUCCAAGGGAUCCAGCGCGGGAUGGAGCAUUUACAUAGGAAGUUCGACUGGUUAUUAACAAAGAUGAUGGAGGAGCACACGGCGUCAGCCCAUGAGCGGAAGGGAAACCCAGAUUUUCUGGACGUAAUCAUGGCAAACCAGGAAAAUUCUACAGGGGAGAAGCUCACUAUUACCAACAUUAAAGCACUCCUCCUGAAUUUAUUUACUGCAGGAACAGACACUUCAUCAAGCGUAAUCGAGUGGUCUCUGGCUGAGAUGUUGAAAAACCCGAGCAUCCUCAAGCGUGCUCACGAAGAAAUGGAUAAAGUGAUUGGAAGGAGCCGGCGGCUCGUGGAGUCUGACUUGCCAAAACUUCCAUACCUACAAGCCAUAUGCAAGGAAAGCUUCCGGAAGCACCCAUCCACCCCAUUGAACCUUCCUCGUGUCUCAACCCAAGCAUGUGAAGUGAACGGCUACUACAUCCCAGAGAACACUAGACUUAGCGUGAACAUAUGGGCAAUUGGGCGAGACCCUGAUGUCUGGGAAAGCCCGGAAGAAUUCAGGCCAGAAAGGUUUUUAAGUGGAAGAAAUGAAAAAAUUGAUCCUCGUGGAAAUGAUUUUGAGUUGAUCCCGUUUGGGGCUGGACGAAGGAUUUGCGCUGGCACUAGAAUGGGAAUAGUGCUGGUUGAGUACAUUUUAGGGACGUUGGUACAUUCAUUUGACUGGAAAAUGCCGGAUGGAGUUGAGAUCAACAUGGACGAAGCUUUCGGGCUUGCGCUGCAGAAGGCAGUUUCUCUUUCGGCCAUGGUGACACCAAGGCUUCACCAGAGUGCGUAUGCAGUCUGAGCUCAAACCGCUCAGACCAAAACCCAGGCCUCGCUGCUAUAUGGCAUGGAUGCAGUUAAGUAGAAGAUAUUUUGGGAUGUUGUUUUAGUUUCCUGUGGCUUAGUAUAAGAUGUAUUAGCUCAAAGAUGGUCGUUUCAUUCUACCACCAAGCCAUAUGCAUCUAUGCAUAAUCUAUUGAUUUAGGCUCGAUUUGGUUAUAGUUUUUGUUUUUUUGUCUUCCAAAUCAGUAAAUAGUAGGGGUAUUUUUGUCCUAUGUAGUGAUUCUUUUUGUUUGAUUGAUUAUAUUUGGAUCCUUCAAAAAUAUAUGGUCAGAGCCAUCUCCAUCUUUUCA